GUAAAUUUCUCGAUUCUGAAGCGAACGCGUUUCAUGAUGAUUGCCGCGACGAUGCUGCAGCAACUUCAAGUUGUGGCAGAAAACGCCGCCGUAAAGAGUCCUUUGGUGAGGCGCGUCUGACGGUAGAGCCGCUUCGGUUUGAUUCACAGAUGAUUGAGGCACUUGAGGAAAGGCAAGACGAUUGGUCAGAGGCACUAUCUAACGAGACAAGUGAUCAAGCAAGAUGUACUACAAUUAUUUCCUUUCCCCAUUGAGUCCCCAGCUAACACAUUGCACAGCAUCGAUUCAACAAUUUUCUGCCUCUAGUGCCAACCUGGUGCAGGGCGUCUUUGAGGGUUGUGUCUUUCAACGAGCUUUGGAAGUCAGCAGUUUGUGGAGGAAAGAAAGGGCGGACGGCAGUUUACAAACGAACUGCAUAACGGCGCACAUUCCCAAUAUAGAGGGUCAGGAUAUCACCUUCGUUAUCCGGGUAGCUCACGAUCCUGGAUUCGCUAUCAUUGGAUAUCUGCAGUUCCAAGACUCUUUCGAGGUGAAACUGAGUCGCACGUAGACAUCCUCAUCAUUCUUUCCGCCAAAUUGUUGCAGUUGUUUGGUAGAGCUUCAGUUUCGAGCCUUUAGUAACCUCGUAUUUUUCGGUCGACCUGCCCAGGUUCAGUGCGGCUUGUUGCCCGGGUAUAUAGAGAUAGAGUAGCAUCCCAUCCGCCGUGACCAGCGAGUCUUCUUCCAGGUGUACAAAGCCCGGGCCAGUGACGUGGAAUUCUUUGCCGUACUCGAACGUAUACGUCGUCAUGACAAGGCUUUUUGGCCGGGUGAGUUACUAGAUGGGCGUUUUCGCCCUGCUUGUCUUGCAACGUGGAUUCUGCGAUCAAUAACUUGUGAUGUUCCUGUGUUGCUGCCGUUGAUGCGAUAAAUUCUCAAAGGUCAUGAUAUUUGUCCUACCGAAAGGAAUG